AUGUUUUGGAGAUCGGUCCCCAGCGUGCCAUGGGCCGGUCCGUCUCCGCGGGGGAGCAACAACGGCGCCGGCGGCGGUGCCGUCGGCGCCGGCGGUCGUCACGCGAAGGGGGGCAACGCUCAGAGGAAACAGCAAGCGCCGGAGCCGUACUCCCUGGGACACCUGAGAGUGCUCUUCCAGCGAUUAAUCGACGCGCAAGAGGGGAGGGUGGAGGGGGAGACCACGGUGGUAGAGACGCUUCGAGCCGCUAGCGCCCGACGACGCCCCCGGCGGCGACAAGGCUAG